GGAAAGGGGACUUGUGGACUUGGGCAGAGCCCAGGGUCUUGAGGAGUCAGAAGGGUUUUUUUUUUUCCCCCUUCCUCCUCUAGAAAACAUUAGCCAGGGCUGGAAGGAGGAGGAUGAAAAUAGAAAGAAUAGGGGACACAGAGAGAGAACAAGAAGGAGGAGAGCUAUGGGUUUCAAGAAAGAGGGUACCAGACGCCCAGAACUGCCGUUGGGCAAAAUGGCUACCUGGUAAAUGUAGGCAGAUGUGACCAGCCCCAGCCUCGAAUAAAUGUGCCUGUAUUCUAAGGCUGGCACCCUGACCAAAUAGACUGGAACAGCGAAUGGCCCAGGAAGUCACAUUUGUUGGGACUAUGUAUUAGUUAUCUAUUGCUGUGUGAGAAGUUACCCCAAACUUUGUGCUUUCAAAUACGAUUUUUUAUCACAUAGUUUCCACAGGUCAGAAAUAUGGACAAUGCUGAGCUGGUUUCUCUGCUUGUGGGUGUUCAAAGGCUGGAAUCAAAGGGCUGACUGGGGCUGUAGUCAUGUCAAGGCUCAGCUGGAGAAAGAUCUACUUCUGAGGCACUCACGUGGCGGUUGAGUGGAUUCCCAGCCAUCGGACUGAGGGCUUCAGUCCUUCACUGGCAUUUCAGAUAACCCCUCAGAUUCUGGUCUUGUGUGCUUUUCCAACAUGGCAGCUUGCUUCUUCAAAGCAUGUAAGCCUAGAAGGUAAUGGAAAGGCCAACAAGACAGAAGCCGCAAUCUUUUGUAACCUAAUCGUGGGAGUGCCAACCCAUCACUUGUGUCUCAUCUAUGCAGGAGAAGCAAGUUUUUCGCUUCAGCCCACACCGAAGGGAAAGAGAUCACACAACCAUCUUUGAGGGUCAUCUUUGCAAACUUUCUACCGAGACUCGACGUGACUGCUCCGCUAACAGCUUCUGUUGCUAGGAGCAUGUUCUAUAGAAGAUCCUGCCUUUGGCAUCACCUCAGGGAGAAAGGUGAACCCCUUUCUUGGGAGAUCCCCAAGAAAGAAUGAGAUUAACUCUUCUGCUGGGCUGACCCCCUGGGGCUUUGCACCCACACUCUUUCCACUACCCAAUGCACCUCAGUAUUCUUGGAACGUAUUUUUUUUUUUAUCAUUUACAAUAGCAGAGAUUUGUAGGGACCCACCGACAGCAGGAAAUUCUUUGAGCUCAACUAAAAUGUAAAUAUAAAAUGUAAAAUGCCACCCAGGGAGUUUCCUGGAAAGUUCAACCUUUGGUGAAUCAACGUAUUGCCAUGACGGACAUUUUCAUAAAAUCCAGCUCUUGGUAUGGAAUAAAAUUCUGAAUCUAAUAGCAUCCGUGCAUUAUCGCCAAUAAACUGAGUCGAUUUGGACAGAGCACAACUACGCAGUACUCAUGUUGGAAAGGACCAGAAGAUGACAAGCAAGAAGUGUCUGAGAAGUGUUCUCCAGAAGUUUCUCUUAUGUUCUUACAGCUCGGUGUGACGAGGUAGCUCAGAAAAACAUCCCUCGAGCGACCAUGAUGUAUCCAGCUGGCCUGAUCUGUGGGCCGCACCUCACCUGUCGCUGGUCCAGAAGACUGGAGGUUUCACCAUCCUCCCGGGCGUGAAUGCCACUGAUGUGAGCCCAACAGGAAGUGUGACCUCAUUCUGCUUCUCCGUCUCUGGUGACACAGGCUGUUUUUGAAAGAAAACAAGAGCGGUUGUAAGGCUGACUUUCUCAAGAACGACAUGCCCUUUUAUUCUAGGAAACAACCAAAACAGCAAGAGGCCGCUGAAGACAAAACCUCUCUGCACACUCCUGCACACGCCGACAGCCUGCUGAACCCUGGGUUUCUCCACCGUCAGCCACAGGAAGCUUCAUACUUCAGUAAUUCUCCUCUUCAUCAGUGGGAAGAGGAAACUGGGAACUCCCUUUGGAAGGAACACAAAAUCUGUGAAGUUUGAACAAGCAGCCUUCCCAAGAUGUACCGAAUAUCUCAACUGAUGUCAACACCAGUGGCAAGUAAAUGUUCUUCAGGCUCUGAGAGAAGAUAUACCGGAGAGCCGUCUCCCAGAUGCCUUUUCCCAAGUUUUGCCUGUGAUUCCCUGGAUGGUGACAGUUCCUUUGAAGGCUGCUCUGCAGCUCUCUUGACGGGCUCCCACAUCACCUGUCGCCGAAGUCCCAGACUCCUCUCCAAUGGCUACUAUGUUUGGACAGAGGACCCUUUCCUCUGUGACAAAGAUGGCAACAUAACUCUGAGCCCACCCCAGGCCAGUGUUCUUUACAAGGAGAAUUUAGUUAGGAUAUUUAGAAAGAAAAAGAGAAUCCGCCCUUCCUUGUCUAAUCUCUUCAGCCUUGGUGCCUCUAAAUCCUGGCAGCAUGGAAAUCUCUUGGGUGAUGUUGACUCUUCCCUAAGUGAGGACACCUGGCUGGAGGGGGUCGGGAGGCUGGACACGCACCAUUGCAACUAUAUCGGCGACGAUCGCGAUGGGUCUGCGACUGAUGCACGCGAGGCAGAGCAGCGGAAGGCGGCCUCCUCCUCCAGCCACGCUGCGUCUCGGACUCCGCCAGAGAACUCCCACGACCUGGCCCUUCAGUCUCAAGGGACAACUUCUGAACAUUUCCCGGGGAACCUUCUGGAUCACGCAAAAACCAGUUUGUGGAGAGACAUCUUCUUUCAAGCAUUUCUACUGGCCGCGUGCUUAAUCAUUUGUGCAUGUGCAAGGUGCUUUCUGGGAGGCAUAUUUGCCAGUGUCCUCACGUGCCCAUUGAUGAUAACUACUGCCUAUACCUUCACGUCGUUGUUUCUCAGCCUUGCCGACUAUUUCGAAGCCACCACCUGUGCUCAGUAAGUGUUGACUGUGUUACCAUCAUCCUGACGAAGAUGACUGUAGCCGGCUACCUGAGAGUGCUUUUGGCUGACUAAUGGAUGGCAAUGACCACGCACAGGAAGCGUCCCUGUCAUCUGUCUCGAAGAAUACUUUCUGUUAAUGCUAAAAUCUAAUAGCGUUCUCAUCCAGUCUCUUACAUUUUUACCAGUUCUUCAAAAUUGAGAAAAUUAAGCUUCGAGGCAGUAGGACUUAAUAAAUAACGUGAACCUAAAAUGCGUAGGUCCCCUGUUAAAGUGUUUUUAUAGGUUCAUAGCACUGCACUUUAUAAAUGCCUCCUAUUAAGAGGCCUUUAUCUUGCAGUUCCCCAAAUAGCUGGCAAACUGCCCAUGAAAUGGUCUCGCUUGCAAAGUGUGAUGUCUCUGCCACCUCUCACUCACUUCACGAUCCCCCUGCGUGCUGACUGCCCUGGCUCAUCAUAUUUCAAAGUGUUGUUGGGGUCUGGGUGAGAUGCUCACAGAAUUUCAAACGGUCUGCAAAACCCCAUCCCGUUGCAAGAUGGAUUGUGUUAAUGACCCCCUCUUCUAUAUGGCUGCCAGAGGCCAGCUCCCAUAGCUUAGAGACGGAGCUCUAUAAUUCAAAUUAGCUCACCGGCCUUUGCUCUAGACGCUGUGCCGCCCUAUUUACGAAAUCACUGUGUUAAUUCUGAAAUCACAAUGGGACUUGGUGAAGAUUUAUUUUGUUUAGGACUGCAGCCAGUAUUGAUUUCCUGACAGUCUGAGCGAUGUUUCCCUUCCUUUCCUGGCAUUCCAGGCUUCUGGGGACAGGCUUGGAUAUAGCUAAGAUGUGGUCCACCUCGUGGUUAGAAAAUUGGGUCCCGAGGUCACCCAAGAACUUCUUAUUCUUUAGCCCUUGUCUAUUAAUAACAUUUAUUUAAAACUCC